GGGGAUAAUAUCAUUAAAGUGUUUUCCAAGCACUUUAGCGGCUUGAUAAUAGCCACUUACUCGGGCGCGUUCCUGUGCGAGUGACGUCAUCGUCCUUAGUAACCCUCCGCGGCGGCGUCUCCACGACACAAGACAACAAGAUGGGAUUGCUGUCAAUCCUGCGCAAACUGAAGAGCACACCAGACCAGGAGGUGAGGAUAUUGCUGCUGGGCCUGGACAACGGCGGGAAGACCACCCUGCUCAAGCAGCUGGCCUCCGAGGACAUCAGCCACAUCACCCCCACCCAGGGCUUCAACAUCAAGAGCGUCCAGUCGCAAGGCUUCAAACUCAACGUUUGGGACAUUGGCGGCCAGAGGAAGAUCAGGCCCUACUGGAGGAACUACUUUGAAAACACUGACAUGCUCAUUUAUGUCAUCGACAGCGCUGACAGGAAAAGAUUUGAGGAGACGGGGCAGGAACUGGCCGAGCUGCUGGACGAGGAAAAGCUGAGCGGUGUGCCCGUGCUGAUCUUCGCCAACAAGCAGGACCUCCUGACGGCGGCGCCGGCCUCCGAGAUCGCCGAGGGCCUCAACCUGCACACCAUCCGUGACCGCAUCUGGCAAAUCCAGUCAUGCUCCGCCCUCACCAGCGAGGGUAUCCAGGAGGGCAUGAACUGGGUGUGCAAGAGCGUCAACUCCAAGAAGAAGUAGCUCGUCUUUUCAGUCGUCUUCUCCUCAGGAGGACGUGCGGCAACGUCUCCUGAGCCUUAAACACUCCGGGGUACAACUUGUGAAUGUACACACUACAACGAAUCCAACAAAGAGGGUUUUUAACUGCUGCAUUCCCGCCCGUCACACUUUUAACUAUUUCCGUCGAGCUGCUGUCUUUCAAGAGGAAGAUUGAAAGUCAAAGUGUGUCAUUCUUUUCGAAUCGUUCCACGUGCGCUUUCAUGGCUCUGUUUGACGUGAGGUCUUCUAUUUUUGUAAGCGUUUUAUUUAUGGCAGAGUUAAGUAGAGUGUGCUUUCACCACCCUAAACCCACGUAAGAACGAUACUGUAUAUGAUAUGUAUAAAAAGAAAUUAGAUGAAUUAGAGGCGUUUUUAAAUCCACUGUAAAUAGUGUGGGGAUCCCCCCCUCCCCUCCUGCGUUCGUAUCUUUUAUGCGCAUUACUCGGCUCUAUUUUGUAGUCCUCAUACUGUACCUGCAGAUUGUUUUUGUUUCACUUCUGUGACAUUUUUUGGGAUUUAGAUUGAUAUUCUCGAAUGUAAUCUGUGCUAAAGGUACUGUAUGUGAAUAAAAGAAAGAAAGAAAAAGUG